AACAAUUCAAUAGAACUUUAUGUGAAUCACUUGCUCGCUCCACUGAAACUGUUACCGAUUGGAAUAUAAAUAUUCCUUCUGUACUGUUUGUCUGCCGAACAGCAAAACAAGCUACUACCAAAAUUGAGCCCUUUUAUCUUAUUUAUAGAAGACCUGCCUAUAU